AUGAGCCACUUGGUAUUCAAAUAUGCGACCUUAACACUUCUAACUGUCCGUGAGAUUGCCAUAUUUUCACCACCAUAUGCGGAGUUGUCGUGGUGUCUAGAUGAGCUGCCUCUCAUGUUGGAAACCAAGGCUCGCUUUAUUCCCAUAUUUUGUGAUGUGAAGCCUUUUGAACUCCGCUACCCUGACAAGGGAGUUUAUGCAGCUGCAUUCACCAAACAUGAAGAAAAGGGGAGAUUCAGCAAGGAGAGACUUGACCAAUGGAAAGCAUCCCUCGAGUCUUCUUCACUCAUUUCUGGCUAUGAAUUCAACACAUCUCAUGAUAAUGUCGAGAGACUGUGUACAGAGAUUGCCUUGGUUGUCCAACAAGAGGCUGUUGGAAAGAUAUUUAAGGGAGUUGGAAGUCAUUUGAAAGGUCUCCAUGCGGAUGAGGCAGCUUCGACAAGUACAUCAGCAAUGUUGAAGAAAUCAAGUCUUCUGCCAAGAGAUUCACAUCCAGUGGGGAUACAUUCCAAAGUUGAACACAUGGUAGGCUUGUUGGAAGACACAGAAGUUCAAGUCAUAGCCGUGUUAAAUUUGCAAGAUGAUAUAGCCUCCCACAUAGGUGUAAAUAGUAAAAGUGUAAGUGAAGAGAGAGUGGCUGAAUUGAUUCAUGACCAUCUCCAAGGGAAAAGAUCUCUCAUUGUGCUGGAUGAUCUUUGGAUGCUUUCUACUAAAAAUUCUCUGAUUGAUAAACUUGGUUUCCUGGCCGAUAAACAUUGUAAAAUUGUGGUUACCACAAGAAAUAGGCAGGUUGCUCUAAAUUCUAGUGCUCAAAUCUAUGAGAUGAAAACUUUGUCAGAUGAAGACAGUUGGAUGCUGUUUUGUAUCUAUGCAUUUCCAAAUAGUACAGGAAAUAGAGCACCACAACACAGGGAAGAGGAGGGUCUGAAGAUUGUAGAGCAAUGUGGAAAUUUACCUCUUGCUAUCAAAAUGAUAGCAGCAUCUUUGGCCAACACCACGCUUAAAAAUUGGGAGUGGAAGCACAGUCAGCUGGAAAGAGUAGUCCCACUGGAGAGCAUGACACUGUCAUGGAGAUACUAA